AAUGGCUAAAAUACUACUAAAUUUAAACUAUUACUUAGAAUUUCACUACUAGUGCCGCAUUCUUAUUAGUGGAUAUUUAUAUGUUUUCUUUCAAUAUUAGAGAUGGUAAUGCUAAAUUAGUGAACUUUGAUGGGAUUUUACUUCUGGAGUAAUAUAAUGUGUUUUUUUUUUUAUUCAUUGGAAGUGUGGCAGAUAUAAAUUCAAAUCUCUUUAAUAUUUUAUAAUAAAAUAUAUCAAUCAAACCAUUUUUUGAUUAUAAAAGAAGUACUAGAAUUGCUAAAUUAUUACUGAAUUAUCGAGAACAUUAAAUAGAAUAAGGCCAAUCAGAAAACAUUUUAAAAGUUAAUUUUACCUAACCGUUAAAACCACCUUUUAUCUUAUUCUCCAACUUUGGCGCCAUGAAAUGAAUCACUCCCUUAUCUCAAAACUUCUCAAGCAAUGCCGCUCUCUCAAAACCUUAACGACUAUCCAUGCCCAUCUCUUGAUCUCGGGUUCCAUCGCCUCUUCAGACCUCACUUUGAACAAACUUCUCCGCCUCUAUUCGAAAUUUGGUGCUGUCUCUUACGCUCACAAACUGUUUGAUGAAACUCCUGAACCAAACUCAUUUCUUUGGACAGCAUUGAUUCAUGGUUUCACCGAGAAUAACCAGUAUGAGAAUGCAUUUGCAUUCUUUAUUAAAAUGCAUCGAGAAAACAUUGUGCCUUUGAAUUUCACUAUUGCAUCAGUGCUUAAAGCUGUGUCUCGGCUGGGAAGAAUCAAAGAUGGGGACUUGGUAUAUGGGCUUGCAGUGAGAUGUGGAUAUGAGUUUGAUUUGGUAGUGAAAAAUGUGAUGAUUGAGUUGUUUAUGAGGUGUGGCGAAAUGGGUUCUGCGAGACAGAUGUUUGAUGAGAUGGAGGAAAGAGAUGCAGUUUCGUGGAACUCAAUGAUCACGGGAUAUGGAAAUAAUGGAAGAGUUGAUAUUGCGCGUAAGCUUUUUGAUAGGAUGGAAGAGAGGAAUGUGAUCUCUUGGACUAGUAUGAUUCAGGGAUAUGUCAAAGCUGGGGACCUGUUGGAGGCAAGGGUUCUUUUUGAGAGAAUGCCUGAAAAAGACUUGGCAUCAUGGAAGGUGAUGGUUUCUGCGUAUAUGAGUGUAGGAAAUCUUGUUGCCGCUCGGAAUCUUUUUGAAUUGAUGCCGAUUCAUGAUGUUGGAACUUGGAAUUUGAUGAUAUCAGGAUGUUGCAAAGCAGGGGAAAUGGAUGCUGCUAAAGAGUUCUUUGAUAGGAUGCAGGAAAGAAACGUUGCAUCCUGGGUUAUGAUAAUAGAUGGGUAUAUCAAAGUUGGAGAUGUAGAUGCUGCUAGGUCUGUAUUUGAUCAGAUGCCUGAGAAGAACCUGGUUGCUUGGUCUACCAUGAUUGGAGGUUAUGCCAAAACUGGACACCCUUAUAGUUCUUUGAAGUUGUACAAGACCUUCAAGGAACAAGGUAUUAAGCCUGAUGAAACUUUUGCAUUGGGAAUCAUCUCAGCUUGUUCUCAGUUAGGAGUUCCAGAUACAGCUGAAUCUGUCAUCUGUGACUUUGUCGGACCUUCACUUUUUCCGAAUCUGCAAGUUGUCACCAGUUUGAUAGACAUGUAUGCAAAAUGUGGAAACAUUGAGAGGGCUGUGCAAGUGUUUGAAAUGGUUGACCAAAAAGAUUUGCAUUGUUAUAGCACGGUGAUCACAGCCUUUGCAAAUCAUGGAUUGAGUGAAGAUGCUAUUUCCUUAUUUAGUGAGAUGCAAAAGGCAAAUAUAAAACCUGAUGGAGUAGCUUUUCUUGGGGUUUUGACUGCUUGUAACCAUGGGGGCCUUGUUGGGGAGGGCAGGAGACUUUUCAGACAAAUGAUAGACGAAUAUGGAAUUCAACCCUCGGAAAAGCACUAUGCUUGUAUGGUUGACAUUCUCGGUCGUGCUGGGUGCCUUGAAGAAGCACAUAGCCUCAUAUGUAGCAUGCCAGUUGCACCUAAUGCAACUGUAUGGGGUGCUCUGCUUUCAGCUUGUAGGGUUCAUCUCAAUGUUCAAUUAGCUGAAGCUGCAGCCACUGAACUGUUCCAAAUUGAGCCAAAUAACUCUGGAAAUUAUGUUCUUUUAUGUAAUAUCUAUGCCGAUGCUGGACAAUGGGAUGAUUUUUCUAAAGUGAGGGCAAUGAUUAGGGAGAACCGAGUUAGAAAGAAUAGAGGUUCCAGCUGGAUUGAGUUGGGAAGUGUCAUCCAUGAGUUUGUCAUGGGAGAUAAAUCUCAUUUUGAUUCAGAAAGAAUUUUCUUUAUGUUGGAGUUGCUAUGCAAAGAUAUGAUGUUUUUGGAUAUAGUAUAGACCUCAAAACAAAAGAAAGAGCUAUUGCCUCUCUGCAUGGUGUGCCCUAAUAUUUUAUGACCAUAUAUAGCAGUUCGGAAGAUGAUUGAUCAGAAAGAAUCAGAGAAAGAACAAUUUAGAUUUUCUACCAAUAUACUGAGAUUCGCAGGAGGGUGAGUAUUGCUACGGCUGUAAGUUUGUUUAGGAGGAUUAUGGGUUUUAAUUACAGAAUUAACUUCCUUAUAAUUCAAGUGAAUGCCGCUGCAUCUAACCCAAUGCCAUGUAUCACUGAAAUUAACAUAAAGUUCCUCUGUGUUAGUUGGCCAAUUCAGGCUUACAUUAAAUUUGACUUAAAGCAGCUUAUAAAGUGGAUCUAAACUUCUCUUCUUAUCUGCUUUUUGUUGCUGGUUGAGCCUUCAAGUAUUUAGUUUUCAACAAAUUUCAGUUCAAGUGCAUCAGUAGCAAGUCUAAUAUUCAUUUAUUUGAAGUCAUUUUUGUCAUUGAAACUUUUAUAUGUUUGGUUGUCCAGUUUUUGUGAGUGGCGCUAACUGUAUAUAUCAUAGGCAUUGCCAGUGAAGUGCUGAGGUGGCCUAGUUUCUUCCUUUAGGUGGCUUGUAGUCAUACCUUAAUGAAUGUGGUCCUACAGAGAAUUAAAAGACAAAACUGCUGUCUAUGUAGUUGAAACAGUUAAAUUAGUUCUUUUCAAUGUGUUUAUUGAGCCAAAUUGAAUUUUCAUAUCAUAUUAUUAAGUGCAUUAUUGAACAAGUAGUAAUCAGCAGAUGUUGCAUUAAAAAUCCUAUUGGAUUCCAUUUUGGUCUGCAAAUAGUUGAAAACUUAUUAAAUGCUUAGAUCCUCAAAUCCAUAUUGCGUAUCUAGCUUGAUAUCAGUAUCUGGGAUAUGUCAUUAGCUCCUAAAAUAAUCUUACAUCAUUAUGAAGAUGGAGGUGAACAUGCCAUAGGUUACCAGAUGUUCCCAAUAUUAUCUAUGCGCAUUUUUAACCAAAUGUGGCUCUAUGUGAUGCUAACCCAGUGAGGAUAGCUAGACUCGAGGCUCAUUUGGGAAAUUUGAGAUCUGUUUAAAACUAUUGCUGCAUGCUCAAAAUAGAAGCCAAUGGAAACUAAGGUACUCUUUUUGUUAGGUAAGCAAAAAUCUUAUGGAUUCCAACAGUGCAUCUGUAAGUCUUGAACCCUCAAGGAUAGUAACAUGAUAUUUCAUUUGCAAUGUACUGUCUUUUAGUAAGAUAAUACUGAAGAGCAGUAGGUGCAAGCUGAAUUUAUAAAAUCUGAUUAGUCUUUGAAGUAAUGUUAGAAUACUGAGGAACUAUUGGUUUUUUGGGUUCCUAGAUGGAUGCUAAACUUCAUACCGACAGCUAUAUCAACUUAGAGAUCACUACAAUCAAACCCUGGAAUUAUAAAUGUCAGAAUUCAUUUGCUGGAUAAUAAUUAUGAUUUUAUUUAGUUGCCAUUACACAAAGGGAGGUAAUAAUGUAUUGUUUAAACCUGCAACAAGACUGCUGCAGUAGUUAGACGCAACAAGUUGUUGCCUAGUGCCCUUAUAUUUAUUUAGUGACUGUAGUUCAAUAAAUGUGUACAUUUUAUGUCGAGUGCAGUACUGCAUAUAUAGUUUUUUCUUUCUUUUUUCUUUUUUAAUGCUAACGAUCAAUUGAAAAAGUAAGUAUAAAAAGCAUAAAUAUAUUGCAUAAGUUGUAAAACAUAGGAAUUAAUUAGUAAUUCAUCUUAUAAACUGGGGAAAAAUUAUAUGUAAAGAUGCAUUUGCUUAAUGGCAUGUGGUUCCCAAUUGAUCACCCUUUUGCCAAAAUACUAUCAGACAAAAACAAUGUCUACCAAACCCCAAAAAAUUUGCUCUUUGCUCGAUAAGAUUUCCCGAACUAAAGUAUUAAUUUUCUGUUUAACUCACAGCCACACCCAAUUAGCUACCAUGUUUAGUUAGUGAAGUCUUUCUCUUUUAUAUUCUUUUUACUAAAAAAAAGAAAAGAAAAAGAAAAAGCUUAUCUUAAAAAGCAACUGCUUUAGGUAAAGACAAAUUAUACAAAAAUUUGUCUUCCAAAAACAAAGCAAUACCUUUGGUAUGGGUCUCUACUAUGUGCAGAGGGAAGGUUCCUACACAGCCAACAAUUUUUACUUGUUCUGAAACUUUACAAUAUUGAAUUUCUGGAGGAGAAAUGGUCAUUAAGAAUUUUGGAGAUGACCCAUCUUGGAGAGGAAUCUAAUUUAGUAGUGAUUGCUUGCUUGUCGAUUUCAAGACCAGAAACUGUUGCUUGUUAAUUACUACUACUUCUGACUAUUCUCUCUAACCGUGUAGAGCAUUUCAUUUCAUCAUCUAUCAUGUGUCAUGUGCAUUUUUUCCUGGUCUGCACUAUUCCCAACAUGGCUUUCCUUGUCAAUAUGCUAUGCUGCUGACAAUAACUGAAAGUGAUAAAAAAGAUGUGAAUCUUUCUCUGGUAAAAAAAAAGAAAAAAAAGAAAGAAAGAAAGAAA